GAGCCAUAUUUGAGUAACUUUUGGCUAAAUACGGUUCAAAUUGACAGGAUGCGACGAAUCUUUUCCCAUUCAUUUGUACUAUAGCGUUCAAUCUUGUUAAACUUUGUAACCAAGUCUUAAACAACCUUAUGAAGGUCGCGCUAGUAGUGGCGCGGAAGCCGGGGUUCUAGGUAUGUUGGUGUUGCUGGUUCAUUUUGUCCUACUCACUUUUAUCGCAAUAAUAAAUGUGAAAUAUUGGGUUGAUACGCAUCCUUGGUUUGGUCUCGGUAUGAACCUUGGUUCUCAAGUAGCCUUAGCUUCGCUUAGUUUGAUUAUUUUGUGACUUCAAUUAGGAAUCAAUUUUAAAUGAUUAAUCUCGUACGAAUUAAUCAGUCAUAGUAAGAAAAAAUGAUAAUGAAAGAAAAUGUCGAAGAUUUUCCCAUGGAUGAACUUUCUGUAUCAUCUACAAAUCGUGAUAUUUCAUCAUCAUUCCCUGAUUUAGCCAAUUCAGAAUUGUAUAUCCCACAUCCUACUUACAUUCUACCUACAUGCUCUUCGAAUGAAUCAAAUGAUAAUUUAACUUGUAUGAAUUUCGAAUUAAAUCACUACUUAAAAGAGGCUAUGAAUACUAUGUAUGAAUUAUUUCAGUCUCAAAAAUUAACUGAUGUCACAUUAUGUGUAAAUUCAGAAUCGAUUCAAUGUCAUCGAAUUGUUUUAGCUGGUGCUUCACCAUAUUUCCGAGCUAUGUUCACUGGUGAAAUGCGUGAAGCACUUUUACAUGAAAUCAAAUUACAUUACAUAUCGGCAACUGCUUUAAAAAAGUUGAUCGAUUUCGCAUAUACCGGUAGAAUACAAAUAAGUGAACGGAAUGUAUGUGAAUUACUCAUAGCUGCUUCUAUGAUUCAAAUGUCUCACGUUGUCCAAGCUUGUUGUAGUUUUUUAAAGCAGCAACUACAUCCCUCAAAUGCUAUUGGAAUUCAAGAGUUCGCACAGUCAAAUAAUUGUUCCGAAUUAUCGUUUGCUGCUCAAAAGUUUAUUGAUCAAAAUUUUAGCGAGAUAGUAAAACAUGACGAGUUUCUAGGACUUCAUCCUAACCAACUUUUAACUUUAAUUAAACGUGAUGAAUUAAAUGUACGAACUGAAGCGGAAGUGUAUAACGCUGUUAUCAGAUGGGUAAAUCAUAAUAGAAAUUCAAGAUCAUCUACACUGCUUGAAGCUUUGUCUGCCGUCAGAUGCUAUACACUUCCUCCUACAUUUAUACAAGGGCAAAUAAAAAAUUGUAGUCUUCUUGCAGGUUUCACUCCUGCAAAAUCUCAUUUACAAAAUAUUCUAGAUGAUCUUAUUAAACACCGUCAUAUCUCAAUAAAUAAACGGACAGCUGGGUCAAUGGAGAUUCUUUACUCAGCUGGUGGUUAUCUGCGUUAUUCACUAAGUGCAUUUGAAUGUUACAAUCCACUUACAGAUAAAUGGAGACGUCUACCAGAUAUACCUAGCCCACGUAGUGGCCUGUCUGCUUGUUCUGUACGUGGAUGCGUUUAUCUUGUAGGAGGUAGAAAUAAUAAUGAACAAGGAAAUAUAGAUGCACCUCACAUGGAUUGUUAUGAUCCAAGAAAAAAUUGUUGGACUACAUGUGCUCCUAUGUCAGUGCCUCGUAAUAGAGUUGCUGUUGGUGUUGUCGACGAUAUGAUUUAUGCCGUUGGUGGUUCAACCAAUACAAUGCAUCAUAAAAGCUCUGAAAAAUAUGAUCCAGAUAUGGAUCAAUGGAUACCGAUAGCUUCUAUGAAUAGUCGACGAAUUGGAUUAGGUGUUGCUGUACUUAAUCGCUUAUUAUACGCUGUUGGUGGCUUUGAUGGUGAGAAACGUUUGAAUACAGUUGAACGUUAUGAUCCGGAAAAGGAUCAUUGGGAAGAGUUAGCUUGUUUAAAUCGAGCUAGAUCCGGUGCAGGUGUUGUUGCACUUGGUGAAUACAUUUAUGCAAUUGGUGGAUAUGAUUCUUGUAGUCAGUUAAAUACAAUGGAACGUUAUGAUCCUAAACGAAAUUGUUGGGAAUAUUGUGCAUCUAUGCUACAUCCAAGAUCAGCAUUAAGUGCUUCAGUAUGGGGAAAUGAAAUAUGGGUUUUUGGUGGCUACGAUGGAAGUGAAUUUCUAGCAAGUGUUGAAGUUUAUAAUCCAAUUAAAGAUCAAUGGACUGAACGAACGUUUAUGGAUUGUGGUAAAUCUGGGCAUGCAGUUGUAGUUAGUCGUGGACCAUCAUUUUGAUUGACAAUGUAAACUAUUUUGUUUUUACCAAAAAACGAGAUAUAUUUCCUCAUUUAAAUUGAAAUGUAUAGAGAAAACAAACGAGCAGGAGAUAAAGAGAGAAGAUCGUUCAAGCUCUCUGUGAUUUCACCCACUUUUUUGUCUGUUUAUGUUUAUUAGCGCCAAUAUAUAACCAUCAACCUUUCAAUUUUCUCCCUCCUCGUCCUUACUCCUUCUAGUCUCUAUUACGCUUACCAAAUAUUGUAAUUACAGUAACAAUCGUAGUAAUAGUUAAAGUCAUUGAAAAUCUUACUCUGAAAAAUAUUAAAACAAUGCUAACCAACUAUGUCUUAUAAUGUUUUUAUCCUUCCUUUUUUUAUUCAUCCAGAAUAAUAAUCAUAAAGAUUGUGAACAUAACUAAAGAUUUCACUGCUUCUCCCGUCUAUAUGUACUACUGAACGAAUGAAAGCUAACUUAAAUUGUACAUUAGUUCUACUCCUUCUGGUAUUCUCCUAUAUAAAUUUAUCUCAUUGUAAAAUAUAUUUUCAAACUUGUUUGCGCUUUUUACAGUUUUAAAAAUUUACUAUACCCAUGUCUACCAAUAAUAUUAAUCAUAACAGUAGUAAUAAUAUUGCAUAUUGUACUUUAUAUAUAUAUAUAUAUAUAUAUAUAUAUAUAUACUCUUGCCCUAUUCUGUUCGUACAUGCACCAAAGUAGGUGCCUGUGUUUACUCCACCAUUCUCUCGACUUCAUUUCUAUAGUAUAGGGGAUCUAAUUCCUCAUUUUCUGUACAUAAAAAUGUUAUAUUGGAGUUAAUUUGAUUUUUUUUCAGUAUUCUUUGGAACCUGCUGUACAUUAAUUGCACUGUUUAUUUUUUGUCUUGUGUGUAUCUUGUUACUGUCCUUUUUUAAUCCAACCUACUAGUAUUAGCAUUGUGUAUAUGAAACUUUGAAAUGUAGCUUUCUCUAUCUUUAUAUAUAUAUCCAUUAAAUCGUUUUGGAAAAUUUUAAUUUUUUACUACUACUGCCACUAUUACUCAUAAAAAUGGCGUCUGUUUUAUUUUUCUGGAAUGAACAGUUGAUAUUUGUGGAUGUAAGCGAUAGAAAAUAUUUUCAAUAUUUCAUAGUUUUUCCCUUUCUUUUAAAAAAAUUUCAAGUAGAUACACAUGGACUUUGCUUUGUUUGUUCAGAAUUCGAAAAUGUCAAUUGACCUGACAUGAUAGACUUUGUAUUAGAUUGGUGUUCGUAAUUUUAUACCUUGGUUUUUAAUUAGUGUACUUUGUAUGUUCAGGUAAUUGCAUUCGUUUCAGUGACAAAUUAAGCUAGGCACUACGCUUAAUGUAAUUCUACAUUAAGUGAGUACAGGUUUUAGAGUUUUGAAAUUAUUUUCUACGUGGUUCGUAUGCGGUUGGUCAUUUAAGUUGGUUGAUGCCGUUUGUUCAUACUGAUGACUUUUGAUCGGUUACUUUUUCCUUUUGAAUUAUCCAUGAUACGUUUUCUUGUUCUAAUAUACUGGAUAACUUUUGGAUAUACCGGAAAUGGCCACUAAAUAUUGUUAUUCCCUGUCAUGUUUGUCUAUUUUUGACGAUGAUCAAUUUAUUGGAAUGAAGUUUCCACCACUUUAAACGACUCGAUAUCGCUUUGCACUGUGAUUAUAGAUAGUUUAAAAAACUGGGAAAUAAAUUUUGGGUUUAGGCCUCGAGCUAAAUAUCAGAAAAGCGUACCUGCAGUCUUGAAGAAACUAUUCCUACCUAAACGAUUUGCAACGCUCCACCUAACGAUUUUGUUGACACGAUGUACCGAGUUUUGCCACUGACCCUGCAGUCGGAUAUCUUUCCUGAGAUCACUGUGUAAACGAGAUGUUUGCCACUUGAGUCUUCACACCACAGAUGUUUCUUCUUGUCAUUAACUUAAGAUUGUAAGGAACUGUCAUCUAACUAUUUUGCAGAAUACAGACAGUUGACUCUCUCAACCUGUUUACUAUAUCUGUCCCCCUCAUCAUUACUCUAAUAAAAACCAUUCAAAAUGAGAAAAAGCCAUUACAUCCAUGCCAUAUAAUAUCACUUCUUAAAGUUUACAUACGAAAUGAAAUUCUUACGAAUAUCAAGAGAAUCUUCAACAGUGUAAAUCAUUGUACAUUUCAAGCUAUAUUAGUAAUGUCUAGAAUAUUAUUAAUCUCAAUGGCUAUCAAUUACAACUGAAACUCAAGUGUUCAUCUUUGUGGUAUGAUGCUGUAUUUUUAUUGUUCUCGUCUAUGUACACUUCAUUAUGUUUAUUUUAUUCAAUGAAUGAUAAGUGUCGAGAUGAAAUUAGUUAUUUUAAAAUGAUUUACAUAAUAAGUGAUAAUUUGAGAAAUAUCUCGUUGGCUAGUCAAUUAAAUGAUCUUUUCUUAAUGGGCUACUUACCUAC